GAACUGCACAGUGCAAAGCACAGUGGAUGUGUGAUUAUAUUGUGCAUUGUAUUUUUUAUUUAAUGUUGAUAAUCUAUUUUUGUGAUAAAAAAAUAAAUCAUACUUUUUAUGAUUAAAGAUCCUUAAAUGCGGUAUAUAGUAAAAACAUAAAAUCCAAAAUGACAGAUACUGUGUAGCGUCUAAAAUGAAAGUUAUGCUACGUUAGUGCGGUUUAUUUAUUUCUCUAAUAAUUUUACUACAACAUCAACCAUGGUUCCUGUUUCAAUAGAAGGAUGCACCCAGGGCACGGAAGGUGGCGGUGCCCGAGGUGGCUCUAUCUCACUUGGACUGCUAAUAGAUUUCAUAGUCCAAAGAACUUAUGAUGAACUAACAGUUUUAGCCGAAUUGUUACCACGUAAAACAGAUAUGGAACGUAAAAUUGAAAUUUACAAGUUUAGUGCUCGUACAAGACAACUAUUUGUACGCCUGUUGGCUCUCGUCAAGUGGGCAAGCAGUGCUACUAAAGUAGACAGAUCAGCCCAUAUUAUGGCAUUUUUGGACAAACAAGCUCUUCUUUUUGUAGAAACAGCGGAUGUUUUAGCAAGGGUAGCUCGAGAAACACUAGUCCAUGCCAGGUUACCAACAUUCCACAUGGCUGCAGCAGUGGAAGUGUUAACAUUAGGCACAUACAGUAGACUACCAGCUGUGAUACGUGAACGUCUAGUUCCUCCUCCAUCUCUGACUCCCACUGAAAGAAGGUCAACUUUGCGAGCUCUUGCUCAUAUUGUUCGCCAAAGACUAACAACAGCCUCCUUACCAUGUGAUGUUAGAAAUUUAAAGGUUGAAAAUGGAAGAGCAACAUUUACAGUGGGUCAAGAAUUUAGUGUCUCCUUAACAGUAAUGGGUGAUGGACCAAAUGUGCCUUGGCGUUUAUUAGAUAUUGCUAUUCUAAUACAAGAUAAUGAAACUGGUGAAGGAAAACCUUUGGUACACAGCUCUCAACUCAACUGGUUGCGAGGUGUAGCUCAAGCACGUCUUGCCGCCGCUGGUUUGAAUGGAGCUCUCACUGCAUUACGCUUUUUCUGCCGAUCUCUAUCUUUAGAACUUUUGUAUACUCAAACUUUGAGGCUAUGUCGAGAUCGGUUAGCACGCCAUUUACAAGUGGAUAAAUACAUACCUGGACAAAAACUACAAGUGUCGUAUUGGAGGGAAUUAGGUUGCGAGCUAGGUUACCGCUUGAUCAUAGGCGCGGAGGGCGAGUCCCUGUGCGUGUGGCACGUGCCCGCACUGGCGGGGGGCGAGCGGGUGGCCGCCGCGCUCACGCCGCACGCGCCGUCUAUGGAGCGGCUGCUUGCGCACACUGUGCACGUGCGCUCCAGGCAACGGCUCAACGACCUUAAAGUGCUGUUGAACGAUUUGGGGGUGGAGUGCAUGGUAGGCGGGUGGCCGUGCGUGCUGGCGUGCUCGGUGGUGUCGCCGUGCCUGCGCGCGGAGCAGCUGCUGGUGUCGGUGGGCGCGCACGGCGGCAAGCUGCGCGCGCGCGUGCCCGCGUACCCCGCCACGCCGAAGAUGGCCGAGCUCGCCGCCGUGCUCGGCGCCGCCGACCUGCGCGCGCUUCGGCCGCUACUCACGCAACUCAGAUUCUGGUUAGUUGCACGGCGUUGUGAAAAAACACUCCAACAUUUACCUGCAAGUGUGUGUGAACACUUGCCCUUUCUGCACGGAGCGGACCACCCGCUCAGCAAGCUGUCUCCUGACCGCUUGUAUGUCACUUUACACCGGCAUACUGAUCACAUACUUGUGGUAGAGAUGAAGGAGGUAGCGGCGGGCAGCACGGCGACGACGAGCAGCAGCACGAACAGCGGCAGCGCGUGCAGCGUCGCGCUCUCGUUCCACCUCGCCGGCGCGCGCCGCUGCACGCCCGACGAGUGCGAGGACGACUCAUCUACAACAAGCGCUUCGCCGGCAACUGCAAGGUGCUUCUUAAAACUUCAUUCAUUGGUGGAACUAGAUACUUUUACACUGACACAUGGACCUUUCACACCUCUGGAUACUCCAGGAAUGCAGCCGGGCAAACGUAAAUUGUCCUCAAAUUCCACCAAAGCAGUGAAAGUGCGCCAGCCCGCGUACUUCCUGCCCGAGCUCGCGCACGUGGUCGCUGCUGCGGAUGAACGCGUGCCUUUCGUUAAUUUGGCUCAAGAGCUAUCGAACCGCGGCGUGACGCACGGCGGCGUGCAGCCCGAGUGGGGCGGGUCGGCGCUGGGCAUGCGCAUCGUGUCGCUGCCGCUGGCGGAGGGCGCGCCGCCCCACGCCGCGGCGGCGCUGCGCGCGCGCCUGCUCGCCGCCACCGUGCGCCUCACCACCAAGAACCAGGCGCGCGUGUGGACCGCCGAGAUCGUGUUCCACGGCUCGCCCGUGCGCACGCCCAACCCUAAGGAGCAAGGAGAACGUCGUUGCGUGUACCUGCAAUACGAGCUGGGUACAGACGCGGGCCGGACUGCAGAUGCAUUCCUCGCGGACUGGGCAGCUAUCGUACAUCUACACACUUUGCUGCAUGACUUUAUGUUGAGGCCUGCACAAGAGCGCGAGACGCUGUGGCAGGGCGUGUGCAUCCGCUCGUACACGUACCGGUCGCUGGUGCUGGGCUUCGGGCCGGGGCAGCGCGCCACGGCCGUGCUGCAGUGGAGCGCGGGCUCGCAGCGCUACACCGUGGCCACGCCCGCGCACCAGCCCGCCGCCAACGCGCACCACCUGCUGCACCACCACCUCGACCAUUAUCUCAACUGGAACAAGGAUCUUCUCUCGCUGGGCGUAGUUCUCCGCGAGACAUACGCGCCGCUGCUGUCUCUGUCCCGGCUCCCAACGCUACCGCAGCUGGGAUUGCACCACGUGCGCACCAUUAUGCCCACGCCCACUUUCACACUAUUGGCCCACUCGUGGCGUAAGAUUCGGAUAAUCUACGCCGGUGCCUAUUCCCUAGAAGUCGGCAUUCGAGGUGGCAACGUAGUCACGAUAAGAGACGGUGCUUAUUCUAAAUUCGACCGAGCUCCAGUUGUCGAUGAAUUUGCCCCCGCUCAAGGCUUAAAGGCAUUCUUGUCACGGUAUGUUGAGGAUAAUAUUAGUGCCCGCCUGCUCGCUGAAGACGACAACCCCCCCUCACCAAUGUCGCCAAUGCCACCAGGUGGUCUGCGAUUCCCGGCGCCGCUGACGCCGCCGCAGCCGCACACGCCGCACUCGGCGCCCGUCACGCCGCACCCCGCCUCGCCUGCGCAUCAGAUGGGCGGCGGCUCGUUCAACCUGACGUCCCCGCCGGGUGGAGCGGGCGGGGCGGGGGGCGCGGGCGGCGUGGGCGCGUCCCCCGCGUCGCCGCUCGCGCCGUCCCCGCUGGCGCCCGCCGCCUCGCCGCACCCGCCGCCCACCUCGCCCUUCACCACGUGGCCCGCCUCGCCCUCGCUGCCGCGCCCCUCGCCCGGCCAUCACCCAUCGCCUAGACAUCAUAUUGACCACAAGGGUCCACAAGCGAGCUCGACGAGCACAGCGAGCGGGCGGGGCCGGCCGUGGGCGGGCGCCACGGCGACCCCGAUGGCGGUGAGCAAGCUGGAGGCGCUGUGCACGCCGUGCGAGCCGCCGCCCGGCGCGCCGCCCGGCCCCGCGCUCGCGCCGCUGCAGCGCUUCCUCGCCUGCGUCUACAUGAAGCGGGCUAUGCAGCGCGCCGUGCAACAGGAGGAGUUCUUGACACUGGUGUCGGUGGACGCGACGAGCCUGACGUUCCGCUGCGACACGGCGUGCCUGGCGGCGCGCGUGGCGCUGCACCCGCAGCACAUGCAGUCGCUGCACCUGCAGCUCACGCCGCUGCCUGACAACAAGGACAACUGGUCCGCUGAAGACUUGCAGGUGAUGGAGAAGUUCUUCGAGCAGCGCGUGGCGAUCGCGCCGUACCGCGGCACGGCGCUGCAGGGCUGGUGCCGCGCGCUGGGCGCGCCGCCGGCCGCGCUGCCGUCGCUGGUGGCGCUGAUGCGCGCCGAGCUGGUGCCGGUGGCGCCCGCGCUGUGGCAGAUGCAGUGGGCGCUGCGCAUCCCGCCGCACGGCCCGCAGAUCGUGCCCGCCGGCCAGCCCGCCGUGCUGCUCGCCAAGCACAAGAUACUCUUCUUUAUCUGUCUCACGCGCGGUGACACACAGUUAGUACUGCCGCUAGUGUAUGACGUACAGUCCAACGCGAUGCAGAUCGCCGAGCGUAGGGACGCACAGCAGCCUCACCUCAUCGCUGUCAACCUACAUCUCAAGCGGUUCGCGGAGUUCCACCAGCCGCACGGCGAGUGCAUUCUGUGGGCGGGCGUUCGCGACCUGCUCAUCAACUUCUCGCUGCCACAGGACGCGCCCCCGCCCCCCGCGCCGCCACCCUCCUAGCCCCUGCAUCCCCUCUACCCGCUCAACGCGGCCCCUAAUUUGUAGAACGCCCCCCCCCCUGCCCCC